GUUGACGCCUAAAUAUGACGUCGACGAUAUUUUGAAGUCGGUUAGUCAACGUCAUCGACUCCUCGCUACAGGCCUACUCUCUAAUGAGCGGAUAUGAACUUACUGUACAUUUGAAAGGCCCAGAUAAGCUACGGUCCUGCAGAGAAAACUGAACCUGUAAUAAUUAAAGCUGCAGCGCCAGGCCGGUUCCUGAAGAGUAGUGCUGCUGAGGAAGCCUGUGCUGCUGUGGCUUCAGCUGUGGGUUCAAACCCCUUACUCAUGACUGAGCUGGAUCUGAAUGAGCACAUACCAGGAGUCUUGGGAGUGACUCAGCUGUGUGCUUUACUGCAGGAUCCCCACUGCACACUGCAGACAUUAAGACUUCUGUCAAGCUAAUUAUGUGGCUGAGGGCAUCACCAGAUGGAGACUUUUCAGACUGCCUAAUGGUCAGCUACUCCAAGUGGCAUGUCACUGUAAAGUAGAGGCAUCAGAGUUUGUCAAGAAACCUCACAUUGUUUAGGCCAUUCUCUUGCAUUUGGGAAUACCGGAUUGGAUAGCUGAGCAGGAGAUAUAUGGUGCUACCAUACUGAAUCUCCAUGAGCAGAGGAUUGAGAUCCAUAAAAAGGAGGUGGCUCGGUUGCAUCUUGAGCACUUGAGGUUAAAAGAAUUUCACACACAGUUGAUCUGUGCUGAGCCUGGUGGUGAGCCAUCCUGUCAGCAACCUGAAAAAAGGUCUUUUGGGGAACUCCAGCGUAAAUCUGGCUGAUGGGGAAAAGGUGUGUCUAAUUAUGACCGCCAUGCAGCGAAGCGGCGGACAGUCACAGACAGUCACAGACAGUCUUUUCACCACAGACACUUUUCUAUGCACACUUUAUUUGUAGGCUACACACAAUUUUACACACAUAUUUACACAGAUAUUAUUAUGACCACCAUGCAGCGAAGCACACAGAGAAGCAAACAUACACAAAAGCAAGCAGGAGGAGGAGAUGGAAACAAAUUGACAAGGGUGAUUCAUUUUUUGCGGAGAGAAUGUGCAGGACUCCACGGCGGUCAUAUUUUGUACCGCUUUGUGGUACAUCUAGUUGAUGAGGCAGUCGUCUCAUCUUGUGGUGGGGAUCCACCAGAGCUUGCAGAACUGCAGUAUUGGAGAGGAAGGCUUCAGAGCUCUUGCCUCAGCACUGAGAUCAAACCCCUCACACAUGAGAUGGCUGUGGCUGAAUGGAAAUAAAGCAGGAGACUCAGGAGUGAAGCAUCUUUCUUUUCUUCUGGAGGAUCCCAACUGUAAACUGGGAUAUCUACACUUGAGGAACUGCAGUAUUGGAGAGGAAGGCUUCAUAGCUCUUGCAUCAGCACUGAGAUCAAACCCCUCACACAUGAGAGGGCUGUGGCUGGAGGGGAAUAAAGCAGGAGACUCAGGAGUGAAGCAUCUUUCAUCUCUUCUGGAGGAUCCCAACUGUAAACUGAGGAGACUAGACUUGAAUAACUGCAGUAUUGGAGAGGAAGGCUUCAGAGCUCUUGCCUCAGCACUGACAUCAAACCCCUCACACAUGAGAUGGCUGUGGCUGAAUGGAAAUAAAGCAGGAGACUCAGGAGUGAAGCAUCUUUCUUUUCUUCUGGAGGAUCCCAACUGUAAACUGGGAUAUCUACACUUGAAGAACUGCAGUAUUGGAGAGGAAGGCUUCAGAUCUCUUGCAUCAGCACUGAGAUCAAACCCCUCACACAUGAGAGGGCUGUGGCUGGAGGGGAGUAAAGCAGGAGACUCAGGAGUGAAGCAUCUUUCAUCUCUUCUGGAGGAUCCCAACUGUAAACUGGGGAGACUAGACUUGAAUAACUGCAGUAUUGGAGAGGAAGGCUUCAGAGCUUUUGCAUCAGCACUGAGAUCAAACCCCUCACACAUGAGAGGGCUGUUCCUGAUGGGUAGUAAAGCAGGAGACUCAGGAGUGAAGCAUCUUUCUUCUCUUCUGGAGGAUCCCAACUGUAAACUGGGGAGACUAGACUUGCGGAACUGCAGUAUUGGAGAGGAAGGCUUCAUAGCUCUUGCAUCAGCACUGACAUCAAACCCCUCACACAUGCGAGGGCUGUUCCUGAUGGGUAGUAAAGCAGGAGACUCAGGAGUGAAGCAUCUUUCUUCUCUUCUGGAGGAUCCCAACUGUAAACUGGAGACACUAGACUUGAAUAACUGCAGUAUUGGAGAGGAAGGCUUCAGAGCUCUUGCAUCAGCACUGAGAUCAAACCCCUCACACAUGAGAGGGCUGUGGCUGGAGGGGAAUAAAGCAGGAGACUCAGGAGUGAAGCAUCUUUCAUCUCUUCUGGAGGAUCCCAACUGUAAACUUGAGGAACUAAGGCUCUCUGACUGCAGUAUCACAGAGAAGGGCUAUGCUAGUCUGGCUUCAGCCUUGAGGUUAAAUCCCAAUUGCCUCAGAGAGCUUGAUCUCAGAGGAAAUGAUCCAGGGAAAUCUGGAGUCAAACUGCUGAUAGACCUGAAGGAGGAUCCAAUGUGUACUCUGACAAAUGUCCAGUUCCUGAAGAGUAGUGCUGCUGAGGAGGCCUGUGCUGCUGUGGCUUCAGCUGUGGGUUCAAACCCCUUACUCAUGACUGAGCUGGAUCUGAGUGGGCGCAUACCAGGAGUCUUGGGAGUGACUCUGCUCUGUGCUUUACUGCAGGAUCCCUACUGCAGACUGCGGAUAUUAUGCCUGCAGAACUGCAGUAUUGGAGAGGAAGGCUUCAGAGCUCUUGCAUCAGCACUAAGAUCAAACCCCUCACACAUCGCACAGCUGUGGCUGAAUGGAAAUAAAGCAGGAGACUCAGGAGUGAAGCAUCUUUCUUCUCUUCUGGAGGAUCCCAACUGUAAACUGGGAUAUCUACACUUGCAGAGCUGCAGUAUUGGAGAGGAAGGCUUCAUAGCUCUUGCAUCAGCACUGAGAUCAAACCCCUCACACAUGAGAGAGCUGUGGCUGAUGGGUAGUAAAGCAGGAGACUCAGGAGUGAAGCAUCUUUCUUCUCUUCUGGAGGAUCCCAACUGUAAACUGGAGAAACUAGACCUGCAGAGCUGCAGUAUUGGAGAGGAAGGCUUCAUAGCUCUUGCAUCAGCACUGAGAUCAAACCCCUCACACAUGAGAGAGCUGUGGCUGAUGGGUAGUAUAGCAGGAGACUCAGGAGUGAAGUAUCUUUCUUCUCUUCUGGAGGAUCCCAACUGUAAACUGGAGAAACUAGACCUGGAUAACUGCAGUAUUGGAGAAGAAGGCUUCAUAGCUCUUGCAUCAGCACUGAGAUCAAACCCCUCACACAUGAGAGAGCUGUGGCUGAUGGGUAGUAAAGCAGGAGACUCAGGAGUGAAGCAUCUUUCUUCUCUUCUGGAGGAUCCCAACUGUAAACUGGAGAAGCUAGACUUGCAGAACUGCAGUAUUGGAGAGGAAGGCUUCAGAGUUCUUGCAUCAGCACUGAGAUCAAACCCCUCACACAUGAGAGAGCUGUGGCUGAUGGGUAGUGAAGCAGGAGACUCAGGAGUAAAGCAUCUUUCUUCUCUUCUGGAGGAUCCCAACUGUAAACUGGAGAAACUAGACCUGCAGAGCUGCGGUAUUGGAGAGGAAGGCUUCAGAGCUCUUGCAUCAGCACUGAGAUCAAACCCCUCACACAUGAGAGAGCUGCAGCUGAGUGGGAAUGAAGCGGGAGACUCAGGAGUGAAGCAUCUUUCUUCUCUUCUGGAGGAUCCCAACUGUAAACUUGAGGAACUAAGACUCUCUGACUGCAGUAUCACAGAGAGGGGCUACUCUAGUCUGGCUUCAGCCCUGAGGUUAAAUCCCAAUUGCCUCAGAGAGCUUGAUCUCAGAGGAAAUGAUCCAGGGAAAUCUGGAGUCAAACUGCUGAUAGACCUGAAGGAGGAUCCAAUGUGUACUCUGACAAAUGUCCAGUUCCUGAAGAGUAGUGCUGCUGAGGAAGCCUGUGCUGCUGUGGCUUCAGCUGUGGGUUCAAACCCCUUACUCAUGACUCAGCUGGAUCUGAGUGAGCGCAUACCAGGAGUCUUGGGAGUGACUCAGCUGUGUGCUUUACUGCAGGAUCCCCACUGCACACUGCAAACAUUACGCUUGCAGAACUGCAGUAUUGGAGAGGAAGGCUUCAUAGCUCUUGCAUCAGCACUGAGAUCAAACCCCUCACACAUGAGAAGGCUGUGGCUGAGUGGGAAUGAAGCAGGAGACUCAGGAGUGAAGCAUCUUUCCUCUCUUCUGGAGGAUCCCAACUGUAAACUAAUGAAACUAGACUUGCAGAACUGCAGUAUUGGAGAGGAAGGCUUCAUAGCUCUUGCAUCAGCACUGAGAUCAAACCCCUCACACAUGAGAAGGCUGUGGCUGAGUGGGAAUGAAGCAGGAGACUCAGGAGUGAAGCAUCUUUCUUCUCUUCUGGAGGAUCCCAACUGUAAACUGAUGAAACUAGUAUUGAAGAACUGCAGUAUUGGAGAGGAAGGCUUCAUAGCUCUUGCAUCAGCACUGACAUCAAACCCCUCACACAUGAGAGAGCUGCAGCUGAAGGGUAGUAAAGCAGCAUACUCAGGAGUGAAGCAUCUUUCUUCUCUUCUGGAGGAUCCCAACUGUAAACUGGAGAAUCUAGACUUGCAGAACUGUAGUAUUGGAGAGGAAGGCUUCAGAGCUCUUGCAUUAGCACUGAGAUCAAACCCCUCACACAUGAGAGAGCUGUGGCUGAAGGGUAGUAAAGCAGGAGACUCAGGAGUGAAACAUCUUUCUUCUCUUUUGGAGGAUCCCAACUGUAAACUGGAGAAACUAGACUUGCAGAACUGCAGUAUUGGAGAGGAAGGCUUCAUAGCUCUUGCAUCAGCACUGACAUCAAACCCCUCACACAUGAGAGAGCUGUGGCUGGAGGGGAGUAAAGCAGGAGACUCAGGAGUGAAGCAUCUUUCUUCUCUUUUGGAGGAUCCCAACUGUAAACUGGAGAAACUAGAUCUGAAGAACUGCAGUAUUGGAGAGGAAGGCUUCAGAGCUCUUGCAUCAGCACUGAGAUCAAACCCC